GGAGGAUUGAGUUGUAUGGCGGCGUUGUGCUGUGACGCUGUAGUUGACGUGGCCACUACGUAUUCUGCUAAUUUAUCCACUCCGAUUGCGGCAAAGUUGGUGACGAAAAGUACGUUAACUGCAAUACACUUAUUUGUUUGAAUGUCUAAUAAACACUUUAAUAUGCAGUACAAUAAAUGAUGAACAUGGAUGGAAUAAAUAUGGCUAUUACAGAGAUUGGCUUGAUUGUCCUUCUGGAUACCUGUAGUCAACUCUAAUUUGUACUAUUAUUGCCAAGCUGGGAAGAACUUUCAUCUACAUGACCUUUGACGUUAUUACUUUCGAUGUUGGCCAAGAUAACAGAGUAGAGAAUGUCUGAAGUGCCAACCUCACAGACCAGUGAGAUUGAAAACGGCUCGCAGGAGAUAUCUAUUGUGCAUGUGACAAUACCUAACCAACCAGUCCAAGUGCAAUCUGUUAUACAAUCUAGCCAUCAACCAUCAGUGAUACAGACAACUGGCCCAAAUGUUCAGACUAUUCAGGUAGCUACAGUAAAUGAUGAUAUGACAGAUGGUGCUGAAGGAAGAAAGAGGAGAGAGAUAUUAGCUAGAAGACCUUCAUAUCGUAAAAUUUUGAAUGAAUUAUCGUCCGAGUGUCCACCUAUCAAAAUUGAGGAACCUACAAAUCAAGACGGUCAAGAGACCACUGAAGCAGCUUCAAACCUCAGUACAAAUUCCAUACAGUACCAGCCUGCAACAGUAUACAGCCAGAUGGAAGGUUUGCCAUUAGUCCCAUCUGGUGCCAUCCAAAUAACUACACAUCCAGAAGGAACAGUGGCUGGUCAAGGUCUUCAAACGUUAACAAUGACCAAUGCAAAUCCAUCAUCUGGUGCUGGUACAACAUCUGGUACUGCCACUAUUGUACAGUAUGCCCAAGGUCCUGAUGGACAAUUUUUAAUUCCUGUUACAGUUGGUGGCACAAAUGUGCAGGCUUACCAGAUUGCAACAUCUUUGCCUCAAGGUGUUGUUAUGGCAACCACUGGAAGUCCAAUUACCAGUCCUCAACAAUUAUCAGAAGAAGCAGCUCGGAAGCGAGAACUUCGUCUAUUAAAAAACAGAGAGGCAGCUUCAGAAUGUCGACGGAAGAAGAAAGAAUAUGUGAAAUGCCUGGAAAAUCGAGUAUCAGUUCUGGAAAAUCAAAAUAAAACAUUAAUAGAGGAAUUGAAGGCAUUAAAAGAAUUGUAUUGUCAAAAAGAUGGAUAAAUUGGAUUUUGGCGAUUAUGUUCUCCCUAAAUAUGAAGAGGCAACACAGCAGUUUGCUGGUCUCACUCUUCGAACAAUUUGAGUUUUAACUUUUAUUUCAACCACAGUUUACUACAAACAAUUGCAUCUUCAAAUCACUUCAAAAUAAUAAAUACAAAUAAAGUUUUUUGUUUUUUUUUUUGUUUUUGUUCUGCUUUAUUUUCCUAAGUCUAAAUUUUUUUCUUUUCUUUUAUUUUUAAUAGUUUUCUUUGGAAAGUUUUUAUUUGAAUAAUACUGCCCCCACUAAAUAUUUAAAAAAAUCAUAUUUUAGGCUGACAUAUUUUAAAUGACUGUGAAGGGCUGGGUGUGGCAACUUAAUGAAUAUCAUUAUUUUCUCUGUUGUGGAGAUUUUUAAUUUUCUAUAAAUUCAAUGGAAAUUCUUAAAAUAUUUAUUCUCUCAUCAUCUGUUAUUUUUUAUUCCCUUUUGUUGCACACCUUUUUGUUUUCCCCAUCUUUUUGAUUUUUUUAAAAGAAUUUUUGUUUAAUAUUUGAAGAAUGAUAGAAAUUUGUUUUUAAAUUACUUUUUGUUGUAAUUUUGUUUCAUUUUCUUUGAAUAUUAUUAAUAGUCCAAUUCCAAAAGAAAAGAAUGCUCUUAGGUGGAGGGGAAAAUGAGGUAGAGUGGUGAGAACAAAUUUGGGGUAAUAUCAGAAAAAAAAACAACAAAAAAAACAACAAAGAAAAAGGGAAAAAGACUUUUAAUAAAACUGGGAUGUCUUGCUAUGUAAUUUCAUUUGGAACUUAACCAUAACUAUUUUCAACUUUUACAAUUCCAAAUUGAAAGUAUCUCAUUUUGAACUGUGUCAUCAGUUUACAGAUUGUUCCUGAAACUGAUAUGAAAUUACUUGGUGGAAAUUCUGCAGACCUUUUUACUUCAUGCCUUUUGUCUGUUUCUAUAAAAUUGUUUACAUUUUCAAA